AUGUCAGUAGUAAAGCAACUCAUAUUUGGCAGUCUGCUCCUGCUGCUGGCCACUUCGAUUUCCGCCGAAUACGAUGUAAAUGCUGUGUGUACGUUGGUCUCCAAUGGUGUUCGCAUAGGCAGCAUCGAAUCUUGCCAGAAAUACUACGUCUGCAGCAACGGCAAGGCUGUAGCUUACAGUUGUCCCUCCGGCACUAAGUUCAGCAAGAAUGCGCAAAUCUGCUUAAACGCAGCUAACGUUGAAUGCUACCUUGAUGACACGAGUCCUUGCAGUGGUAAAUCUGAGGUGUUCGUUUCCAAAUCAGGCUCUUGUAGUGGCUGGACUUACUGUAAAAACGGUCAGGAAAUCAGCACUGGUACCUGUCCCAACAAUUUAAUUUUCCAAGAUGGAAAGUGUCAAUAUGGCUAUUGUUCCACUUCUACAACUAAUGUGGACCAAGAUUUUAAAACCGUCUGUCAGGUUAUGCCGAACAAUAUAUACUUUGGAAGCACACUUGACUGCAACAAAUGGCAAAUUUGUAAGAAUGAAAAGCUGAACGGAGGCUUCUGUAAAGACAAUUUAGUAUAUAAUGCUAACUCUGCUUCUUGUACCUACGAAACUGAAAGCACUUGUGCUUACGUCACGGGCACCAAGGUACUGCCUGAUGUAGAAACCUACGGUAGUUGCACUGAGGAUGGAGCUACAAAGUCCCCCAGCACAUGCAGCGACUAUUUAAAGUGCGUAAAUGGCCAGUGGAGUGUAUACUCCUGCACAGCUGUUGACGAAGAGUGUCGCAGUUAUUUGAUUUGUGCAAAUGGCGUCAAGCAGGGUUCGAACUCCUGUUCGACCGGUUAUUUCUUUGAGGAGAGCAGCCAAGCUUGCGUGAAAAUCAGUGGAAACAAUAAUGCAACCUACAUUGCAGAUAAUGGGGCCUGCAAUGUAGCUUCCUAAGAAUCCUCUACUGGUGACGAAUCAACUGAAGUUGACUAGACGAAGGCGAUGGAGGCUGCUGGCAAAGGUGAAAUCAAACCAGAGUGGCGACAAAAGUGAAACUAAUAUUGCAAACGAUUAUUUAACUAUCAUCAAAUCAGCUCUGAUUA